AUGAAAGGAAAAAUAAAGAAAUCAUUCAUGUUCAUCAACUGCCUUCUUGAGUUUAUAAAGCUUUGUUGGCCUGCUUUAAACUUCUCAGGGACGCAUAUGUUUUGUUUAUCUCGAAAGUUAAAAGAGCUAAAAGGGAUUAUAAGGAACUUCAGUAAGCAAAACUUCUCCAAUUUGGAAUUGCGAGGCCCACGAAGAUAUGAUAAAGCUGCAAAGAGACCUGCUAUCGUGCAGGAAAGACAAGCUCAUCGUAAAUGGAUGGUUUUAGCUGAGGCAGAAGAAUCCUUCCUUAGGCAAAGAUCAAGGGUCAAGUCGUAUGCUGAUGGUGACGCUAACACUGCUUUCUUUCACCUGUCAAUCAUCUCCAGAUCAGCUAGAAACCAUAUCCACUUUCUGGUUAACGAUUAUGGUAACAUCAUUUACCAACCAGUAGAGAUCAAAAGACACAUUGUCGGGUUUUAUGAAAAUCUUUUAGGGAGCCAUGUAUCGCAGUCAACUGCUAGGCUUUCAGACUUGCAAAGAUUGGUUAAGUUCAAAUGCUCAGAAACAGAUUGCUCAGCAUCAGUCACAGCUUCUGAUGUGAGAAUUGCUCUAUUCUCUCUCCCCUCGAACAAAACUCCAGCGGCAGCUUCUAACUCAGUGGGUUGGCUCAUCCGUCCAGCGCGUUCACCUAUUGCUGAAGACCUACAAGUCUAUCUAACGACCUCGCCUCUGCCUGCUGAUGUUGCAGUCACCGAUCAUUACAGUUGGCACAUUGUGAACAGAGCAACCUCAGACUUCUCGACUGCUUCAACAUGGGAGGCGUUAAGAACUCACUAUCCGAUUCAGCCCUGGACCAAGCACAUCUGGUUCUCCGGAGCUGUUCCGAAACACGCGUUCACCAUGUGGACUGCCACUUUGGACAGACUACCAACUAGAUCUCGUAUGGCCAGAUGGUGCUCCAAUAACAUGAGUUCCUGCUGCUUGUGUAAUGAUGCUGAAGAAACAAGAGAUCACCUUCUAUUAAGGUGUGACACUAGCCGCCGAAUCUGGAACAUGGCUAUGCGCAGACUUCGUACUUAUAAUAGACGCAUCAACACUUGGAGUGGUCUGUUAUCUUGGCUCUCUGAAUCGACCAAUGCUCAAACAUCGCCACAGCUUCUUCGAAGGUUAGUGGCUCAAUCCAUUGUCUAUCAUAUUUGGCAAGAGAGGAACGCAAGACUUCACUCACGCAUUUCCACCCCGUCAGAUCCUAUAUUCAAAAGAAUUGGUUGUGCGAUCCGCCAUUGUAUCCUUGCAACGCGAAAACAAAGGCAGUUUGUUGAUCUAAUGCAUGUAUGGCUGUUUAAUUCAUAG